AUGGAAUCUUCUAUUCCAAUUAGGAUAAAUUGUGCAAGGCACUAGGAAAGCAAAGGUAGAUUUUAAAAAAUAAAUUAAUUGCCUAAUAAAGUAUAUUAACUCAAGUAAUAAUGCUCAAAACCAAAACGAUGAUUUUUGAGCAUUUAUGAGAUCGAAAGAAGAUACAGGCCAAUCUAAUCUAUACCGCUACGAAAUGGAUGGCAUUCUUGUUUAUGACUCUCGAGCACGAGUCUACGAUGAAGAUUCAAAUUUACACAACCAAAUCCCCAAAAGAGAAAUUCCUCUCCAAAUUCGUAAUGAAAUUGCUUUAUCACAUGAUUAUGGUAUUCCUUAAUCAGACUACCAACAAUAUUUGAAUAUGAAAAGCUACACUCCCUUUAAGCAACUUCCCCAAGAGUAUACGAUUGUAAUACCAGCCGAAAACACCUUAAAAUUUAAUUCGAAAUUCGAAAGUGGAAAUUUAAGAAAAGCAAUAAAACAUAAUGAAGAUUUAUAUGACUUGCUAUUAGAAUUCGAUAUGGAAACUCAAGGGCACACACAAUGAUUUUAUUUCUCUGUAGAAAAUUAUAAAGCGAACCACAAAGUAAGAUUUAAUAUGGGUGAAGCAGGUUGGCUGCCUCUAAUCGCCCCUGAAACAAAAAAAUAGUAUAGCUAGCAAAAAAAGAGAGUGUUUGUGAAAAUUUUUAGAUAUAGACAAUCAGAGACGGCAAAUCCGCUUCACCCAUUAAUAUCAUCAAUUUAAUGAAGCGGAAGUCUUUAUUCAAUGAUGGAAUGAAACCGCUGAUUUUUUCAAAAAGAGAAUUUGAAUUAACCGGAAAAGAGUGAUAUAGAGAUGGGACGAUGAUAAGUUAUUUUCAAAAUAAUAUACAAAGACCAUCAUACGAUAAAAGCAAAAUUCGUUAUUAUUUUACGUUGACGUUUACCUUCACAUUUAAACAUGAAAAUGAUUUAGUAUAUUUUGCUUAUAGCUUUCCUUAUAACUAUACUCAGCUAAUGGACGACCUGUCUUCUUAUUCUUCAAAUCCGAAUGCAAGCCAAUUUUUGAGGGUGAACCCAUUAUGCAGGACUCUUGCGGGGAAUAUUUGCCCAGUUUUAACUAUAACAGAAAAUAUCAGCACCUACACGUCUUGAGAACAAGAAUACAAAAACCUCCAAAAAAGUGCUGCAUCAUUAACAUUAGCAUUAAUUAUAGACUAGGGCUCUUCCUCCUUUUAUGCCUCACCCGAGACGAGUCUUCGUAGAAGACCCAUUCAGCUCCCUGAGUAUAUCAGCAUUUCCACCAGAAAUAGCUCUCCUCUGGUUAAAAAUCAGUUCUUAUGCUGCCUCGGAGCCUUGGAGUACGCAGGUUUGGAACCUGACGGCUACUUGAGUGACUAGAGUUCCCGCUAAGGAUAAACUUCCUAGCUAAUAUCGGUACCAACUAUGCCUUCAUCGUCAGCACUAGUGGUCACUAGGAAUAAAAGUCUUCUAUCUCAAAUGUCCAUCGGGAAGACACAAAGUCUUCAUUUCCAGACGAGGGAGGCAAAACCCAACCAGAAAGCAAAUGCCCAGUACCAGUAACUCCGUUUCGGAUCAGUUUGGCUUCAGGCCGCAGCAAGGUCCCCAAACUCGAAACAGGUCUAGGAGAUAGCGAAUCUGUGAUUUCACCAUGCUAUUUGUGUAUAAAAAAAGUGCUGCUGCAAGAAAGCUUUUAAAACAGAAAAUUUUGAGGCAGCAGGCUCAUAUAAGACUUAUUGAAAAAUAUAAAAGCAACACAAAAACUGAUGACAAUAAAAAUACAAAUGAGCAUAAGAAUAAAAAAGCAGUAGUUUUAACAGCAAGAGUCCAUCCAGGAGAAUCAAAUUCUUCCUACAUGAUGAAAGGGGCAAUAGAAUUUCUAUUAGGAAACUCAAAAGAAGCGAUAAAAUUAAGGAGAAAAUAUAUUUUCAAAAUAAUUCCUAUGCUAAAUCCUGAUGGUGUUAUAUAUGGAAAUUAUAGGUGUAGUCUUCUUGGAGUUGAUUUAAAUAGACGCUGAAUAAAUCCUAAUAAAUAUAUGCACCCUACUAUUUAUUAUUCAAAAAAAAUUGUCCAAAUGCUAUCAGAAGAAAGAGAAAUUGCUUUGCAUUGCGAUAUGCAUGGCCACUCAACGAAAAAAGAUAUAUUUAUAUAUGCCUGUAAGUCCACUGGGGAUUUAGAUGAUACUAGAAAUAAUUUGUUUAUUAAACUAUUUCCUUUUUUAUUAGCAAAAAGAAAUGGGCUGAUUUCUUAUAAGAAUUCACGCUUUAGAAUGGAAAAAUAUAAAGAAAAAACCUCAAGAAUUGUGUUUUUCAGAGAAUUUGGAAUUCUUAAUAGUUUUACACUUGAGUCUUCCUUUUUUGGCCCGUCUAAAAAGAAUCUAAUUGAGGAAUCUCAUAUAUCACAAGAAAAUUUAGAAACUAUUGGGAAAGAUUUAUGCAAGCAGCUCAUGAUUUUUUUCUGUCCAAUCCUUUUUCGUAAAAAAUUGCAAGAGCUUUGCAAUUUUCUUUAUGGACAAUUUUCAUUUGUUAAGUCCAGGACAGAGAUAAGGCAGAUUUGCAGUUCUUUCGAUAGGGAAGAAAACAUUAUAUUGCAUUAAGAUAAAUUUUUUUCUCGUUUAGUAUCAAUAUUAAAUCAAUUGUUUGGGCUUCUGUCCCUACUUUGGGUUCAGGUUCACCGUCACGUCAGACACCACACAGCUUCACCUAUGAAUAGUCCAUAGACUUCGUGUGUUCGGAUUUCGACUGCCAUUCUUACGGCUCUUGGGCAAAACAAACUUAGGUCCGUCAGACAUUUUAAAGGUCCAGCCUCCACUGCCUGGGGUUGUGGCAUGCUUCCAAAAAUUCGAUUUCCCUAAGGGACAGAGUCUUGAGUUGAGCACUGCAGGCACUUGAAGCCCUAUCAUAGCCAUGAUAAAAUCGCUGUGGAAAGCCAAACCUCAUAAUUAUAAAAUGUAAAAGAGAAAAUAUGAGUGACGCCAUUUAUGAUCAUGAUAGAGCAGAAAACAAAUCAGAGAUUGGAAGCAUUGCAGACAUCUGCUUGACUCAAGAAAUAAAUACGCUUGAUAUGGAAGAAAAUUAUGACGAGCAAAAUAUCAUUACCAUUAAAUUAGAAUAUCGAGUAGCUUCAGAUGCACCCGCAGGUGAGCUUCUCCACAUCUCUUCGCAUGGCCAACUGCCGCCUCCCCACUAGGGGGUUUAGCUUAUAUCCUCCUGAGGCUCGCGCCAAACGGAGAGUGAUCGACUGUGGCCACGUGACAUACGGCAGACGAGGACUGCCUGCAUAGAAAUUCCAAAAAUCGGAAUUCUGGUUUACUCCCAACAAAAAGGUAAACUUAUAGCCGAGGGCAUAACUCCUGCUUCACGCUAGUGAUUGCCCGAUAGGCCUAGAAGGUUUUUCCGACUCCAAGUUUUCCUAUCCCUCGAGGCAAAAUCCAGUUCCUUAAAGCGGACUAAGGCAAGGCCCUAAAAGUAUUAGGAUUAGUUACCUAGCAUAUAUUUCCAUUUCAGAACCUUGCCGAAAUUAAUUAAAAUAUGUGCUUAAAGCUCAAUGGCCAGGCUGAGGCCACAUUUUAAUUAUAUAGCGAGGAAAAUACAGAAAAUAUAGAAAUAAAAGAAUUGUUAAAUGAAGUUGGCAUUAUAUAUAAUGAGCAAAUAACUCAUGAAGAAGCUCAAGAAGUUGAAAGCUCGGAGUCUGACUCAGAUUCAUCAGAUAAUGACGACAAAAGAAUUGAGUAUAAAGCUUUGAAAAUUGAGCAUAAAAAUGAGUUAGAGAGAUCAAAAUCGAAGCAUCUUCAAAAAAGACAGUCUAAUCAAUUAAUGAAUAGUUCCAUUCAAAGACCGCCAUCUGCUAAUAUUAUGCAAGCAAGCUUUAACGAAAGCCAAAAAAUUGACCCACUAAACGAAAGCUAUUCGUUUCCGAGCACUAAGCCUUCUAUCAGAAAAAAAUCAGUGCCCAUGCCUAACUAUGUGAGAGCUCCGAUAAGUAUUAGUAAGCACUAUGCGACACAAGAAGCACAUAUAGCCCGAUCCUUGCUUUUGAUAGAGUUUGUCUGAUGUCCCCUGUGUCAGCUGGAGAUUUGACAAGCCAACGCUUGCUGGACAAGUCCUCUUGUUGUUGGACAUUUAACAUAUAGGAAUUGUUUUUGCGAACAAGUGUUGGUUUAUCAACUCCUCAUCUGACUUUGGUUGACAUCAGACAAGGCUGAUCUAACGCAAGAAUUGGGCUAUACAAAAAUUUCUCAAAGUCAUAAAGUAAACUAUCAAAUGAAUUUUCCUUUGAUUAAAACAAUAUACAAUGCAGAAGAGAAUUUCAGAAAUAGACGUGAUUCGAUGGGACUGAAGUUUCCAAAGGACAGGGGCUUCAUAAUAACUUCUAUUCAUGAUACUUCUCAUCAAUAUACUAAUGGAAAGCUAAUUUUCAAAAUUGCAAAAGAUAGCGUUAGAGAGCAUAAACUUUCAUUAAUCAAAAAAACGAAUAGUAAUAAAAAAAGAUCUAUCCAUCAUGAAAUAAAGCAGCAAUCAUUUGAGUUAGGAAAUAGGUCGUUUAAAGAUUUUUCCGAGUAUGUAUAA